AUGUGUGGCUAUCUUCUCGCCUCAAGUAAUGAAGACAGACAAGUUCAUGAACAAAGGGUAAUCUCCUCUGGUAAAGAAGUAGAACAGAAUCCCAUCACCCAGAAGUCAGUUCUUCAACUCAUUCUACCUCAUGUCUUUACUAAAGAUUUGAAUAAAGGAAAAGGUCUAGUCUUUAGUUACGAUAAAGGCGAUCUGGCGCUACAGUCUCACUUCUCCAGUUCUCACCCUAAGCUCAUGGCAUCAGCAAUAUCAGCAGGACAGUCAAUGAUCAACCCAACUACAAACGUGUUUUGUCGACUGACUUUGCAAGUUCAUGAAAGCUCUAUGGUUCAACAAUCAAGCUAUCCUUUAAUCUUCUCAUCUAAGGCAACAACGACUCAAACAAAAAGUAAAAGGACGCCAGGAAGAUAUAUGAAGACUACUAAACCACUGAAGAACACUCAAGAAGUAUCAGAAUCCCUUGGAAUACAAGCUCGUCCUAAAGGGAGUGUGAAGAAAAAGAGAAAGGCUGAAGGUGAUUUGGCGGGUGCAUCCAAGGCUACUAAGAGCAAUGCAUCAAUGAUGGUCCCACAUGAGAGACCGUCCAACGCUUAA